AUGAUGAAGGAAGAAGCUAUAAGCUCCUCAGGGGACCCCUUCGUGCCCCCAAUGGCUACUUCUUCCCCUAACCUCACUCCCGCGGCGAGUUCUGCUGGUGCAUCAUCCCCUGCUGUUACUAUAAAAGCUGGCAGCACAGACAGGUUAGGUCAAGGACAUAAUACAAAAGGAAGUUCACUUUCUCGCAUGUGUUUGCCGCCCACGAACAUGUCAUUGAGCACUAGUGCUUGUGGUUCUACUCUUGGAUCAGCACAGCCUUCUUGCAGGCCCUGGGAAAGGGGUGAUCUAUUGAGGCGUCUCUCGACAUUCAAACCUGCGAAUUGGUUUGGCAAGCCUAAGGCAACAAGUUCUCUGGCCUGUGCCAGGAAAGGCUGGGUCAAUGUGGAUGUUGACAAAGUUGAAUGUGAGUCUUGUGCUGCCAUUCUAAAGUUUGUCUCUUCCUCUACUUGGACUCCUGAUGAAGCUAAUGCUGCCGGAGAAGAAUUUGCCAAAAGACUUGAUGAAGGACAUAAAGUUACCUGCCCAUGGAUGGGAAACUGCUGCGCAGAAAGUCUGGUACAGUUCCCACCUACUCCGCCGUCAGCACUUAUUGGUGGUUAUAAGGAUAGAUGUGAUGGACUGCUCCAAUUUCCUUCUCUUCCUAUUGUGUCUGCAUCUGCAGUUGAGAAAAUACGGGUGUCCAGGGGCCCAGAGAUUGACCGCUUGCUGGCCCAAUCUCAGCUUGCACGUAGUGAAUCUGGCAUAAAGCUGGAAAUUCUAUUAGGAACUGAGAACUCCAAAGAUGAUGUCUUCUUCAUAUACACUCGAGCUCAGAAGCUGAUAAGCCUUUGUGGAUGGGAACCCUUGUGGCUUCCAAAUGUCCAAGAUUGUGAAGAGCACUCUGCUCAAUCAGCUAGGAAUGGAUGCUCGACUGGUCCUUCCAGAUAUCGGGGUCCUCCUCGUGAUCCUAGUCGUGGCAAGAAAGCAUUGUCCUCUUCUACGAAAAAGAAUUAUGCUAUCAAUGAAGCUUUAGGUACUUGCUCAAAAACUUUAUCCAGGUCUCCAUUGUUGGAUUGUAGCUUAUGUGGUGCAGCAGUGAGAAUCUGGGACUUCCUGACUGUCCCACGCCCUUCUAGCUUUGUUCCUAACAGCACUGACGUCCCAGAAACUGGAAAGAAGUCGGUAUUAACACGUGGAGUAAGUGCAGCGAGUGGUAUCGGUGGGUGGGUUGCUGCAGAUGGUAUAGAUAAGGACCAUGCAGAGGACCAGGAUGAAGUUGCAACUGGUGAAGGAAAAUCAUUGUCAAAUAUCGGCGUGGAUUUGAACUUUAACACAUCAGCUGGAUUGUCUUCUUCACGGCUGCACAUGAAUUUAACAUCUGAACAGUACCAAGAUGCCGGUAGAAGAAGAGAUCUACUGACUGGGCAGCCUUCUGGCAGUGAGGUUGGUGAUCGUGCAGCUUCAUAUGAAUCACGUGGCCCCAGUUCCCGCAAGAGGAUCCUAGAUGAGGGUGGAAGCACUGUUGACACGCCACAGUUACUUGUUCAACGAGCAGACAGUGUCGAAGGAACUGUCAUCGACCGCGAUGGUGAUGAAGUGGAUGAUGGCGGGCAGUACUUUGCUGGCCCUUCAAAACGUGCUCGUGACUCUGUUGUGGGUCCUAUCCAGGUGCCACAUGCUAAAGACUCCGCUGGUGCGGGUCCUAGCCAGUCAUUUGGCUUUGACGUUGGUGUCGAUCCUUGUAAAGAUGAUUUUGGUCAGGGUCCUGAACAAAUAAUUGGUAAUCCAUCAACCAGAGAUUCACCACAUGUAUCCUCUGUUAUUGCAAUGGACACAAUUAAUCACGAUGCAGAUGAUAAUUCAAUGGAGAGUGUUGAGAACUAUCCUGGAGAUUUUGAUGACAUACAUUUGCCUUCUACAUCGACAGUCAAGAACACGGACGCCAAUGAGACAUCAGAACUGAACUAUAGUAACCAAGCACAACAAAGCACCUGCCCAGUGGCUGUGAGAAGUACAGGUGAAAUAGGUGUAAGCAGUACAAAUGAAGAAGUAGUGAAUGCCGAUACUGGUACUACACAUGGGAAGUACGGUUUCAGCUUCGGAAUUAGUGGUGGAAGUGUUGGAAUGGGUGCUAGCCAUGAAGCUGAAAUACAUGGGAAUGAUGCUUCCGCUUACAGAGUAGAUAGUGUUGGUGGUGACCUAGAACCUGUUGCUGAAGUAACUGACAACCAGGGUCAGACUGGUGAAUUUGGUCCAGAUCCAGGGUUAAUGGGUGAUUUUGUCCCUGAAGAUAUGGACAGAGAGGAUCCUCAAGGUGAUAGUCAAGAAUUGAUGUCCGAAUCAAUAGUAAGAGAAGAUAGUGGCUCGAAAAUUGUGGGUUCAACAAAGGCAGAUUCUGUUGAAAGUGGAGGAAAGAUGAGUAACUUGCGGGCCACCUCAUGCGACAACAGCCCCCAUCCUUCACUUUCUUGCAAUGCUAUUUUGUGUUCUGGCUUUGAAGCAUCCAAGGAAGAAGUAACUCAGGCUCCCGAUCGGACUACCGAUGACUGCGGAUAUGUCGAGUCAGGGUACAACGUUGCAAACGGAUCAGGACCUCCCAGUGGCGGAAACAACUAUGACGAAGUGAUAGAAUUUGAUCCAAUUAAGGACCAUAAUCACUUCUGUCCUUGGGUGAAUGGAAAUGUUGCUGCAGCUGGCUGUAGUAGCAGUGGUGGUGGCUCCAGUUCCAGUCCUGGUGCUCUCGCGCUGUGUGGUUGGCAGCUGACAUUAGAUGCUCUAGACGCAUUUCAAUCACUAGGACAGGUUCCAGUCCAAACAGUGGAGUCCGAAUCUGCGGCUUCCUUGUAUAAGGAUGAUCAUCAUGCUCCAAGCCGGAAGCUCUUGCCACGGCACUCUUUCAACAAAAGCUGUGGGAAGAAUUGA